AUGUACAAGGUGCUUCCGCUGCUCGUGGCGGCCCUUGCCGGGUCAGCCUCGGCCAACUACAACACUUAUCAAAACACUACGACUUCGAGCUCUUCGUCGUCGACGAUUCAUCCUGCCAGUACUGAUACACUGACAACGUAUACCACCGUGACCACUUGUCCUGUCACGAGUACCGUCAGCACGGGCUCAUCCACCUGGGUGCAGACGACGUUGACCACCUCGACCAUUACUGUCACCAGCUGCAAGGGUGGUUGCCACGGCACUACAUCGACUCCUUCAAGCACCUCCCACUCUUCGAGCUACACCGUUGGUCCAGGCACUGGAUCGAGCUCAGUCAAGCCAACUUAUCCCACUUCAUCGUCCAAGCCGACGUCACCUUCGGGAACUGGGUAUACUCCUUCCAGCAGCAAAUCCUCCCCAUCUGUGAAGCCAACCUAUCCAACUUCCUCGAAGCCCUCUGGUACCGGCUUUACUCCGUCGAGCUCCAAGAAGCCGACCUCGCCCUCUGGUACCGGCUUCACUCCGUCAAGCUCUCAGAAGCCAACUUCGCCUUCGGGCACGGGUUUCACACCAUCUAGCAAGCCAACUUCUCCAUCUCAGAAGCCGACUGGCACUGGCUCCGUUACUGUCAAUCCCGUUCAGCCUACCACGAAGUCGACUGGAACUGGCUCCGUCACUGUCAAUCCCGUCCAGCCCACUUCCAGUCCAACACGCCCUCCCAAUACCACGACUACUACAAGCUAUGGCUCUGUUACGGAAAUUACUACAAAGACGUCUGUUGGGCCCACCAUGGUGACUUCGAUUGUGACGAGCUUUGUCCCCUGCUCUACACCGGUCACCUCGGUAGGUGGAAUUACCUAUUACUCGACCUAUCUCACUCCAACGUCGUACACUACCACUUUCCCGUCAACCACGACUCAAUUUAUUGUCGUUUCUCCAGCGACGCCGACUUCAGCCCUUGUUGCUCCUGUCGCCCAGGGCUCUUCAGUCGUCACUUCUGCGGGCCCGCACACGACUCUUCCGCCUGUGACUUCUGUUGGCCCGGUUGCUGGCACUUGCCCUCCAGCCCAGACUGUCUACUACACCAUCGUCUCGACCAUGUAUAUUUCUUCGAUGGUUUCCCCAGCUCAGCCUACCCAGCCUUCUCAGCCUAAUCAGCCAAGCCAACCCAGUCAACCUAAUCAGCCCAGUCAGCCCAGUCAGCCCUCUCAGCCUAAUCAGCCUAAUCAGCCAACCCAGCCUAAUCAACCUACGCAGCCUACUCACCCCAGUCAGCCUAGCCUGCCGACCCAGCCUGGCAACUCUACCAAGCCUACGUCGCGGCCGUCAGUUGCUUCAACCACAAUUACUCACAGUGGCAACGGCAGCUACCCGGCACAGCCCACUGGCUCUCACAAGUCUUCUAGCUGGAAGGUGCCCAAGUAA